CGGGGUCCCUUGCUAUGCCUUUAGCCUACGCCCCGAGCGCCUUGCGGCUCCAUGGAGAGGAGAAUCUUCUUUUAAAAGAAAAACAUGUUGCAGAUACACUUGAAACUUCACCCCUUCCGUUUUCCAUCAUCCCUGAAGAAACUGGACUCAAUUCAAAAUGGUCUGAAGAACAGCAGCCCUUGAGAGCCAUUGCAUCAUGACCCCAGACAGAGAGCCUGCUGUCAGAAACCUUCGCUUUGUUUGUAUCAUUGUGAUCUUGAUAGCUGGAUUCAUACUCCAGGUUUCUGAUGAAAAUGAACUUACAGUUGACAUGGCAAAAGUAGGCCUGACUCAGGUUCCGAAAGACCUGCCACCAAGAACCGAAGUCUUAGAUAUAUCUCAAAACUAUAUAUCUGAGCUUCAGCUCUCUGACAUCAGCUCUUUGUCAGGACUGAAAGUUUUACGACUUUCCCACAAUAGAAUCCAGAGACUUGAUUUUAGUGUUUUCAAGUUCAACCAGGACCUGGAAUAUUUAGAUUUAUCUCACAAUCAAUUGCAGAAGAUAUCUUGCUACCCUGUUGUGGGUAUUAAGCAUUUAGAUCUCUCAUUUAAUGAUUUUGAUGCUCUGCCCAUCUGUACGGAAUUCAGCAACUUGACACAAUUACAUUUCUUAGGAUUAAGUGCUACGAAGUUCCAGCCAUUAGAUCUGCUACCAAUUGCUCACUUGCAUCUAAAUUCCAUUCUUCUGGAUUUAGGAGGUUAUUAUGUUAAAGAAAAUGAGUCAGAAAGUCUUCAAAUUCUGAAUACAAAAUCACUUCACUUUGUUUUUCACCCAGAGAGUUUAUUCUCUGUCCAAGUGAACAUAUCAGUUAAUACUUUAGGGUGCUUACAGCUGACAAAUAUUAAACUGAAUGAUAAGAACUGUCAAGUCUUCAUUAAAUUUUUAUUGGAACUCACUAGAGUUCCAACAUUACUGAACUUUACUCUCAAACACAUCGAAACAACUUGGAAAUGCUUGGUUAGAGUUUUUCAAUUCCUUUGGCCCAAACCUGUGGAAUAUCUUAAUAUUUACAAUUUAACAAUAGUUGAAAGCAUUGAACAAGAAGAUUUUACUUAUUCUGAAACAACACUGAAAGCAUUGAAAAUAGAACAUAUUAAAAAUCAAGUUUUUAUCUAUUCACAGACAGCAUUAUACACAGUGUUUUCUGAGAUGAACAUUAUGAUGUUAACCAUAUCAGACACCAAUUUUGUUCAUAUGCUUUGUCCUCGGGCACCAAGCACAUUUAAGUUUUUGAACUUUACCCAGAAUGUGUUCACAGAUAGUGUUUUCCAAAAUUGUUCCACUUUAGUGCAACUGGAGACACUUAUCUUACAAAAGAAUGGAUUAAAAAACCUUUAUAAAGUAUCUCUAAUGACAAAGAAUAUGUCAUCUUUGGAAUUACUGGAUGUUAGCUGGAAUUCUUUGGAAUCUCAUAGACUUGAGGAAAAUUGUACUUGGGUUGAAAGUAUAGUGGUGUUAAAUUUGUCUUCAAAUACACUCACUGACUUGGUUUUUAGAUGUUUGCCUCCCAAGGUCAAGGUACUUGAUCUUCACAAUAACAGAAUAAUGAACAUCCCUAAAGAUGUCACCCAUCUGGAAGCUUUGCAAGAACUCAACGUAGCAUUCAAUUCUUUAGCCGACCUUCCUGGGUGUGGUACCUUCAGCAGCCUUUCUAUACUGAUCAUUGAGCAUAAUUCGGUUUCCCAGCCAUCAGCUGAUUUCUUCCAGAGUUGCCAGAAGAUUAAGUCAAUCAAAGCAGGGAACAACCCUUUCCAAUGUACAUGUGAGCUAAGAGACUUCGUCCAACAUCUAGACCAACUACCAAGAGAGGUGGUAGAGGGCUGGCCUGAUGCCUAUAACUGUGACUACCCAGAAAGCUAUAAGGGAACCCCACUAAAGGACUUCCAUGUGUCUCCAUUAUCCUGUAACACAGGUCUGCUGAUUGUCACCAUUGGGGCCAUCGUGCUGGUGUUGGCUGGUACUGUGACCUUCCUCUGCCUGUACUUGGAUCUGCCCUGGUAUCUCAGGAUGGUGUGUCAGUGGGCCCAGACUCGGCACAGGACUAGGAAUGUCCCCUUGGAGGAACUCCAAAAAACUCUCCAGUUCCAUGCUUUUAUUUCAUACAGUGAACAUGAUUCUGCCUGGGUGAAAAAUGAACUAAUACCUUGCCUAGAAAAAGAAGAUAUACAGAUCUGUCUCCAUGAGAGAAACUUUGUUCCUGGCAAGAGCAUUGUGGAAAAUAUCAUAAAUUGUAUUGAGAAGAGCUACAAGUCCAUCUUUGUUUUGUCCCCCAACUUUGUCCAGAGUGAGUGGUGCCAUUAUGAGCUCUACUUUGCCCACCACAAUCUCUUUCAUGAAGGGUCUAAUAACUUAAUCCUGAUCUUGCUGGAACCCAUCCCACCCAAUAGCAUUCCCAGGAAGUAUCACAAGCUGAGGGCUCUCAUGACACAGCGUACUUACUUGGAAUGGCCCAUAGAAAAGAGCAAACGUGGACUUUUUUGGGCUAACAUCAGAGCUGCUUUUAACAUGAAUUUAACACUAGUCACUGAAAAUGAUGAUGUGAAAAUUUAAAGUCAGGAAAUCCAAAUUAAGAAACAACCAUUAACUUGAACUCUGAUGAACAUUAUGGUUUUUCUAGCUCCUAUCUGGACAUGCUUCCAUAUCCUCAAAGUCUUUGAGGAAGACACAAUGAAAACCUUCUUUCAACUUAGCUGGGGUAUUAGGUUUGGGGUGGGAGUGAAGGCGAUGUUCAUUUUGCCAAUUAGAGACAGCUUAGUCUGUCUCUUCCUGUUUACUCCCUGUUUUCACAUUGAAACGUUAUUUUGAGUAAAUGCUCAUUCAAAAAUCUUUCUUCCCCAGUCUCCUUUCCCAAAUUUCCCAAAUGAAAGAGGGAAAGGAGACUGUGGGCAGAAAAUGGCAUGGCUUCAUGUCAGCAAAAUAGGAAUCAGCCUCAGAACUGUAUACUCUGGUCCUUGGAGCAUCCUCUGAAUCCUCAUUGGACUCUGGGUAAGUUUUAUCAUCCUAAGCUUUGGGGCUUAGGAAAAAUAUUAGACAAGUUAUGGAAUAUAAGAGAGCAUUUUUUCUACAUUUGAGUACUAGUUUAUUAAUUUUUUGACUCUGCCACACAAAUAUGUAAUUAACCAUUGGAAACUCAUGGCAUAAUAAUAUAUGUAUAUAAAAGGAAAUUUGGCCUUCAGUUUUAGGCUGUUGACAUGAAAGACUUGGGUAUACUUGCUUGCCAAAGAAACUGAGAGUCAAAUUUAUGUGUAACUGGAUAUCAAAUGGGGUUUUUCUUGUAGUCUUAGUAUUUUGCCUAAAGCCCAAAACCAACAAAAGGCAAUAAAUGCUCCCAUAUUUCACACACAUAUAUGAGACACAGCCAGGCUGGACUUCCUAAAAGAGCAGAAAAGAGCUAGUAAUUAUUAGUCCACAUUGCCAUCUCCAGAAGACUCAAUUCAAAAGGUUGAUUUAGAGAGUCAUUAAGUGGAGACUCCAAAACAUGGUGAGAUUGCUUUGAAUUCUCCAAAAGGCAAGCGAGAGGGACUCCAAGCAUGGUAGGAAAGUAGUCUGGCAUUCCCCUCCUGGAACAGGAGUGUAAGAUCCAUGCAUCAGGGAAGGUGUGAUGUGAGAGCUCUUGGCAUUGUCAAGAGCUUGACAAGCACCUCCUGGAGUUUGGGGUGCGAAUGGGCAUUGUGGACAAAGGGACUGGUAAAUAGUUCUUGGUAAAUAUAGGUGCUGCAUAAGUAUUCAUUGUUGAAUGAAGAGAUGUGUGCCCUCUCCUUGCAAAGGUCUGGGAACUGCUGGAACAUAAGAUGGCAGAGAUGACCAAGGUAAAGUAAAGCAAUUGGUUACACUCCUUCCUCCCUUCACUGAAAGGAAGGUCUGAGCUAGGGAAAAGGAUGAGUUUUGAAUGAGUUUUUGAGUGUGAAUUGCUGUUAACUUGAAUUCAUCCUGAUCCUUUAAUCCUGAUAUAGAAGUACAAUUACAAAAAUGAGACUUGAGAAUUAUUAGAAUGUAUGGGAUCUUCCCAAGAUCAGGUGUUGUGGAGGAAGAUCGGGUGCAACCUGGUCGUGAGACAAUAGCUAGAGAGAAAAACCAGGUUCUUUCCUUCUGGAUUUUAUUCAUUCAAGAAGCCAGUUUCAUAAUGAACGAAUCACUGUAAAGAAAUAAAUCUUAAUGAAAUUUCAGUACUCCUCUCUGUCUACAUUAGCUCUCCCUUGCUUUUUUGGAGAACACUUUUUUUCCUUCAUAGGCCCUGGUCCAAAUGGAAAAUUCUUCCUCCGCUACUGUUGAACUGUUUCCUAGACUAACACCAACCAACACCACCAACAAAAACCUGUGGCACAGAUUUUAAAUGAUUGAACUUUUUAAAUGUUAUCAAUAUGUUUUCCACAAAAUUUGUUGACAUUAAAAUAUAGAAUCGUAAUAUUUUUAAAAAGAAUUAAAGUCUACACUUUUGUGAUGUAUGAACACACACACCUAUGAAAGGUUUAUCAUAAGGGAUUCAUUUCUUUUUAGAUAAAGAUUUCUUUCUCCAUGAAUCUUCUACUUCCACUUGAAUUCUGGUUGCAAACACCAGGUGCCAACUGAGAAAAAGGGUAUUUAUUUCAAAAAUAUAGUGUUAUCUCAGAACCCAAAGGCAGGGACAGAGCUGAGCUCUGAGAAAGUUGGAAAGCGGAGUGAUCAACUGCCCAAACUUUCUCUCCAUCUCCAGUGUCUCCAACGGGAACGAGAUGACUGUGGUGGGUUGGGUAUAAGGGCAGAGGAGAGGGAAUGGGAUUGCCUUUCCUGUAACAAUUACUGAGAAGGGCAGUGGAUUGUUCUCUAGGGCCGCCAUAACAGAAUACUGCAGACCGGGUGGUUUAAAUAACAGUUUUCUCACAGUUCUAGAGAUUAGAAGUCUAAAAUAAACUUCUGUGCCAGAAGGGUUGGUUUCUGGUGAGACCUCUCUUCCUGGCUUUCAGAUGACUACCUUCUUUCUCUGUCCUUACAGGUCUCUUCUCUGUGUGCACACAUCCCUGGUGUCUCUUCCUCUUCCUAUAAGGACACUAUUCAUAUUGGAUUAGGGUCCCAUCCUAGGACCUCAUUUAACCUUAAUCACCUCUUUCUGGGCCCUGUUUCCAAACACAGUCACAUUCUAAGGUACUGGGAGUUAAGGCUUCAAUAUACAAAUUUAGUGGGGGCACAAUUCAGUCCAUAACACGGUUACACAGAUAAAUUGAAAAAUGUUGUGACAGAGAUUAUUAUUCAUCACCAAUAAUUGCCAUCCUCUUGUGUGAUACUAGAUGGCUCCAGUUUUAUCAGGACACCUGACAACCCAGCUGGAGGCUACGUUUCCCAGCAUUCCUUAUAGCUUCAUGUGGACGUGUGACCGAACUCUUAGCAAUGGGAUGGAACUGGAAACUCUGUGCCACUCUGGGUCAUGUCUGUAAGAAAGAUCAGUGUGGCUUCCUCUGUCAUUUCCACUUUGCCAUUUGAUGAAAGGGAAGAACUGGAAAAGCCAUUUAGAACCUAGAGGUGAAAGUCACAUAUUGAGGAUGUGCUCUUCAUUCUGUCAUCUCUCACUACCCAGGCCAGUCUCUCAGCACGUCCUGGACUGCUCAGCUCUGUUAUGAAGAGAGAAGUAAACUUCCAUCUAUUUAAGACGUUUUGGAUUCCUUUGAUACAGCCUCUUAGUCCAUACCCUUAAGAAUUCGGCCAUCUGCAGCAGAAUAAUGGUACCGCUUUCUCUGACACCCCCCCCUCCCGUGUGGACCUACUAUGAGAGAACAGUGUGCUUGUUCCCUGCAAACUUGGGCAGAGCAUCCAUCAGUCUGAGGCACCAGGAUCAACCUGUGCUGCUGCAAAGCCUCCUGUGGCCUCCUUGCUCUUACUCUUGCCUCACACAUUUUCAAAUAGCAAUUGGAGUCAGUUUUUAGAUGUAAAUUACGUGAGGCCAUUCCCAGAGGCCAUUCCCAUGAAAACCUUCUAAUGAACCUCUCUUUGCAGUUGGAGUUGAGUCAAACUGUGGGAUGCUAUCAUGAUCUGCCUCCUACCUCUCUCCACGUCCCCUCUGCUUCUACUCCAGUCCAGUUGCCUUCUGGCUGACCCCCCAGUGCAUCACACUGGUUCCCCACUGUGUCACCAUUACACCUGGCCAUGCCACUUCCCCUGCUGAGAUUAGUCUCCCUGAAUAGCUUAGCCUGUCCUCAUCGUUCAAAUCCCAAUGUCACCUCCAGAGGGCCUCCGUCCUUCUAAAGCAGCCGGCCUCCGGUCACUGUGGGGUCCUUUUCUCCUGUUCAUUUUCUUCGCUGCACAUCACUCUGCAAUUAUCUUGUUUACUUGUUUACCUGUUUUCUCAGUUUCCCUCCACCGAAAUGCAAACUGCAGUUAAAUGGGAACCUUCUCCAUGUGUUCACUGCUUCUUUCUGGUGCUGAGUGGACAGUGCAUCGUCCGUGGUAGAUACACAGUCAAAACCUGGCAGAAGGAGUUGCCCUGACUGGUCACAACAUCUUUAAAGUCCUCAAUGCAAACGUGGCUCUGUGGACUACAGCAGGGGCGGCCCUGGUGGUGUUUGAGCUGCCCUGCUGGUGGACUGGUCCCCCAGGCUACCAAGAGAGUUGCCCUUGACCUUGGACACCUGUAGCAUCUCUGCUGGGGUGUCCCCAGGCUUGUCUCCACAGGCCAUUUGCUGAGGUGAGAGGACCCCAGGUUUAACCUGAUGUUGGGAGAAAGGAACACUUCCUGCAGAGACUGGGCAAUGCGUCCCACACCCGGGUGAGGCCUACACCCCAUGCCAGGCACCUGCAACUCCUUCUGUCUUCGUGGAACAAGCCCUUCUGUUGAGGCGGUUGUAAAAGUGACCCUGAUUCGAUCAGUACAUAUGCUGUAUACCUGUGUAGAAAUAUUACACUGUACCUCUUAAAUAUAUACAAUCAUUUCAUGUCAAUCAAAAUUUUAAUAAAUGUGUAUUCCAGCAUCCCUAAUAGAUUUUAAAUGUUCUCACCACAAAGUAAAGAUAAGUAUGUGAGGGGAUGGUAUGUUGAUUAGCUUGAUUUACCCAUUUAACAGCGUAUACAUGUACCACAGCCAUUAUACCCCUAAACAUGUAAAAUUAUUUUAAAUUAAAAAUAAAA